UGUUAAUGCAUUUAUGUGGAGCGGGCCGUGCCAGUGGCUGGCGGCGCGGCGGGUGAGGAGCGCGGGCAGCGCCGGCCCCUCCGCUCCGCUCCGCUCCGCGCAGGGCGAGCCGCGGCCGCGGCGCUCUCCAUGGCUCCGGAGGAGCUUCAUCUUCUCCGCUGACGCCAAAGUGAGGAAGACUUGCUAAUUAAUUUACAUACGAGGGAAUGAUGUCUGAAGGAAGGAAAAAAUACCCCGUUGCACCUGCUCCGCCGAGACUUGUCAUCUGAAUCUGGAGGAGAGCUAUAAAUCAUGUAAAGUGUUCGCGGUGGAGUCGGCUGCUUCUGAGAGCUGUAGGAUUAUGUAUCCAAAUGCUGAAUUUAUAUUUCCCACUAGGAAAAGACUGAAACUCAGAUGGAGCAACCAAGCAUAUACUGUGAGCUGUUACAUAGGAAACGUUGGAUGCUUCAGAAGCUUGCUGUGUGCUUACCACGGGUUCUGCCAACCAUCUCAAGAGGGGACUCACCUAUUCUUUCAUUAAUUGAGCAAAACAUUAUCUUGAAAUAAUUAUUCCUCUCCACAUGGCCUUCCUACUCGUGUCAGCUUAUCUUCUGCUGACUCAUGCUCGGGGUGCUCCUGUUGAGAAUGGGGCACUCUUGGAAACACUGAAGUCACAAGUGGGAUUAUUCAGCAAUAAAAGUGAACACUAUUCAGCACAGGUGAGACCUCCUGGCACCAGCCGACAAAUACCUCAGACAAUCAUCAUAGGAGUUCGUAAAGGAGGGACCAGAGCUUUGCUGGAAAUGUUGGAUAUUCAUCCUAACAUUGUGGUGGCAGCUACAGAAGUCCACUUCUUUGACUGGGAUGAAAAUUAUGUGAAAGGAAUAGACUGGUAUAGAAAUCUGAUGCCAUUUUCUUAUGGAAACCAAAUUACAAUUGAGAAAACACCAGGCUAUUUUACAUCACCACAGGCUCCAGGAAGAAUUCAUGACAUGAAUAGCUCCAUUAAACUGUUGCUCAUUCUAAGAGAUCCCACUGAGAGAGUUAUAUCUGACUAUACCCAAGUGUAUUACAACAGAGUAGAAAGUCACAAGCCUGUUCAGCUCUUUGAAGAUAUUGUUAUUAAGAAUGGAGUGCUUAAUACCAAAUACAAAGCUAUUCAGAGAAGUCUAUACGAUGUCCAUAUGGAAAAGUGGCUUAAGCAUUUCAGUUUGGAUCAGAUUCACAUAGUGGAUGGCAAUACUUUGAUCAAGGACCCUCUUCCUGAGUUACAAAAAGUUGAAAGAUUUCUAAAUCUUCCAUCCCGAAUUAUGUCUUCUAAUUUUUAUUUUAACCAAACCAAGGGAUUCUACUGCAUCAGAAGUGAUGGGAGGGAGAGAUGUUUACAUGAAUCCAAAGGGCGUCCCCAUCCUCUUGUUAACAGCACUGUUUUAGAACAACUGUAUUCUUACUUCAGAGAGCACAAUGCAAAAUUUUACAGGAUGGUUAAUCAUUCCUUUGACUGGCAUUAACACAUUUGGGGGUCAAUGUUUCUUAAAAAGGGCCUGAGACAAACUUUCAGACAUGCCUUUCUAAACUGUAAAGACUCGUGUUAUGAGAAUUAACACACUGGUUAUAUGCUUCAUUGGGACAACGCAUCUCUUGACUCAUUGAAAGGGUACUCCUUCUGUUGGGAAAAAUAAGUUUUAUGUAUUUGUAUGAUUAUUGGGAGUCAUAUUCUGAUCUUUUUCUCACAUGCAAAUACAAUAACUUCAGCAAACUUAGCAAAGGUGUAUCUCUACAAGAUUUCU